AUGGCAAACAAGACCUUGGAUUUCGACCCGUUCGACCAGCCCUUGACCUUUCGCUACGCGGACGGCACCCCGUUUGUGGUCACGGUUGACGAAGUCGACACCAACCUGAUCCAGUACAGCAUCCGCAUCUGCAUCAACUAUGCAUCCCAGCUUGGUGCCACCAUUGCCAUUUUUGUCGUUCUGCUGCUGCUCACCAGACCUGAGAAGCGUGGCUCGGCCGUGUUUGUCCUGAAUGCCGCCGCCUUGAUCUGCAACAUCGGUCGUACCGUCUGCCAGGUCACCUUCUUCUCCGGGCCUUUCGUGCGCCUCUACCCUUAUUUCUCAGGAGAUUACUCUAGAGUGCCGAGAUCCGCAUACGCUAACUCCAUCCUGGGAACUGUCUUCCCUACUCUGCAGUUGAUCUGCUUUGAAGCGUCCUUACUGCUCCAAGUCCAGGUCGUGUGCGCAAAUCUCCGUCGUCGCUAUCGCCGCGCCCUGGUGGUUGGGCUGAGCUUGAUCGCCUUUAUGGCCCUGGGUUUCCGCUUUACACUCAUGGUCCUGAACUCGAUGCUCAUCAUGGAUGCCGCCGUUCCUAACAGUCUUAAUUGGCUGGAAAGCGCGGCCAACAUCACCCUGACAAUCAGCAUCUGCAUCUUCUGUGCCGUGUUCGUCAUCAAACUUGGCUUCGCCAUCCAUCUUCGCAAAAGGCUCGGCGUCAGGGACCUCGGACCUAUGAAAGUCAUUUUCAUUAUGGGAUGUCAGACCUUAGUGAUUCCAGCCCUGCUCUCCAUACUUCAAUACGUCGUGACCGUGCCCGAGCUAUCCUCUAACGUCCUGACCCUGGUCACGCUCUCCCUUCCUCUCUCGUCCAUCUGGGCCAGCACGACCCUCUCGCAAUCCAGCACCGGAGCAUCCACCUCGCGCGCCAACCUCUGGAACGGACCGACUUUCAACGGCAAACAAGUGUCCUCGUCCACGUCGUCCAGCGGAAAACAAAGCACCACGAUCUGCUACUCUGACCAGCCCAAAGCGCCGAGCUCCUUGCAGCAGGUCUUGAAAAGGGAUGAGGACGAGGUGGAUCAGGGAUAUGGCAUUGCCAUUGAGCAUGAUAUCUCGGUCCGUAGCGUUCGGAAGGAGAAGAAGAGCGAUGUCUAG